CACCCCUUGCAUUAAGUCGGUUCCAGCUCUCCCUAUCGUGUUGUCACAGGACCUUCCCUUGUUUUUUUUUUCUCUGCUUCGCCGCCCGCGUUUCCAGCGACUUUUUUUUGCGUUGGUGCCUGCGAGGACAGCCAACACCUUGAAAGUAAACACUGCACAAUGCCAUGUCAGGCGAGGGGCAGACCCUAGUUCACAUCCUCUGUGGAUGACUGAUAACAACCGACAUGAGCAGACGGAGGAGCCGUGACGCCAGCCGCUCGGUUUGGGCCCCACGCGCGCAGCUACUACUGAGAAGAAGAAGCUGAGCCAUGCUGGAUCCAAGCCCUCUCUCUCUGAGAGCAACCGCCGACUCCCUCAGAUAGCCAUGAACACCUGCAAGUACAAUGGCGGCGUGGUGAGACCACUAGUGGGCAGCCUGGCGUCCUCGUCGCGCCGCAACCUCGCGGAGCUCGACUCGGAAACGCAGCCCCUGCAGACGCUGCACAGCUCCGGCUUGGAGGUGGUGGUGUCCAAGGGCAAUGGCGGCGAAGACCCCAGCAAGGCGUCCAACGAGAGCCUGGUCAGGGAGGGCAGCGGGCGCGGCGGAGGAAGGGCGCCGCAGAAGAAGAACAGGGACAUUGGCUACAAGCUGGGCCACAGGAGGGCGCUGUUCGAGAAGCGGAAGCGACUCAGCGACUAUGCGCUCAUCUUUGGAAUGUUUGGGAUUGUUGUCAUGGUGACGGAGACAGAACUCUCAUGGGGGGUUUACACUAAGGAAUCUUCAUAUUCAUUUGCACUGAAAUGCCUUAUCAGCCUUUCCACUGUUAUACUGCUUGGUCUUAUAAUAAUGUACCACGCACGGGAAAUCCAGCUGUUUAUGGUUGACAACGGUGCGGACGACUGGAGGAUAGCCAUGACCUAUGAGCGGAUCUUCUUCAUCGUGCUGGAGCUGCUGGUGUGUGCCAUUCAUCCCAUUCCCGGCCAGUACGUCUUCACGUGGAGGGCCCGGCUGGCCUUUACGUACACGCCAUCCGUGGCGGAUGCAGACGUGGACAUCAUUCUAUCCAUCCCCAUGUUCCUGAGACUCUACCUGAUCGGCAGGGUCAUGUUACUUCACAGCAAGCUGUUCACGGACGCGUCAUCUCGCAGCAUCGGCGCCCUCAACAAGAUCAACUUCAACACACGCUUUGUCAUGAAAACUCUCAUGACCAUCUGCCCAGGAACUGUUCUGCUCGUGUUCAGUAUUUCAUCCUGGAUCAUUGCUGCUUGGACUGUGCGCGUCUGCGAGAGGUAUCAUGACAAACAGGAAGUGACCAGUAACUUCCUGGGAGCCAUGUGGCUCAUCUCAAUCACCUUCCUCUCCAUUGGCUACGGGGACAUGGUACCGCACACGUACUGCGGGAAAGGCGUGUGUCUGCUUACAGGGAUUAUGGGAGCUGGCUGCACUGCGCUCGUGGUUGCAGUGGUGGCCAGGAAGCUGGAGCUGACCAAGGCAGAGAAGCACGUCCACAACUUCAUGAUGGACACGCAACUCUGCAAACGAGUGAAGAACACAGCUGCCAAUGUACUCAGGGAAACAUGGCUCAUCUACAAACACACCAAGCUGGUGAAGAAGAUCGAUCACGCCAAGGUGCGGAAACACCAACGCAAGUUCCUGCAAGCCAUCCACCAACUGCGCAGCGUCAAGAUGGAGCAGAGGAAGCUCAAUGAUCAGGCCAACACCUUGGUGGACCUGGCAAAGACCCAGAAUGUGAUGUACGACCUGGUGUCGGAGCUCCAGGAGCGCAGCGAGGAGCUGGACAAGCGCAUCGGCACACUGGAGGACAAGCUGGACUCGGUGACGGGCAGCCUGCAGGCGCUGCCCUGCCUCAUCUCCCAAGCCAUAACCCAGCAGCAGCAGGACUUCCUGGACGGCUUCGUUCACCGCUUUCGGCCCGCGUCGCUAGCUUCAGAGCGCUCGGAGCGCUCGGAGCGAUCCUGGACGUCCACCACCCGCAGGCGGCGCUCCCCCUCCACCGCACCACACACCUCCUCCGAUAGCGGAUAACCUCCGGAUCCAUCCGACGGAUCCAUCCUUCCCCCUCCCUUCCCUCUCUACCCUCCCGAACCACGACUCCUCUCCCCCCCUGUGACUGAGCCUUUCAGCGCAGGACCGGAUCGGAGAAACGGAGAGGAGGAAAAAAAAACAAACCAAGUGCAUCCGAAAAACAAAAAAAGAAACAAAAGAAAAAGACUGAAAAGCCGAGAUAAAGUAGAGGUAUGGUUUAUGUUUUAGCCAUUGUAUGGCUGUUCAAGUUAGCUUUUUUGUAAAAGCCCUUAAAUUGGACCGAGUUCAGGGUCGCUUGGGGUGAGAGCUGGCUAUCACACCGGAGAGUCCUUAACCGCGACGGGUCCGGACAAAACUUUGGGUUUCCUGUACAGGUCUGGCAGGCGAAGGCCGCAGCAGAGGCUGAACCGGAGGUCGGCGUUUGGGACUCGCACCUCAAGCGGAAGACUUUACACAAUUGCCAACUUUCAAGGGUUCCGGCCUCCUUGCUCUCGAGGAAAAACACCAGAGCGACUAUCUUUUUUAGUUCCAUACUGACAUGUGAUUUUUUCAGUGCCUGAAUGUAUAAAUAGUAGAGGGUUAUUUAAUUACUAAUUUCCGAAGCUUUUUUACGAUGUUAACAGUCUGAAUACAGCAUUGCAUUCCCUUUUCAGAUACAUUCCUCUCCGACAAUUCAAAAGAAAACGUCUUUAAAAUGAUGCAUAACAUUGCCUCCAUUACGCAACAUGUUUUGUUUUGUUUUCCCUUCUGUUUCUUUUUCUAUUUAUACUAACACCGUGGUGGGGGAAGAAGAAAAAAAAAAAGGAGAAUGCUCAGAGUGCGUUGUAUGUUUUUGGCCGGGUGCUGCACACCCGAACACAACAAUGGAAAGGUGGCGUGCACCUGUCUCGGCACCGCUAAUUGGAGCUCCCUGUGCUCGACAGAUAAUGGCGUGUCUUGAGGGCGGCCGGCGUAAAUGGUCCAGAGCGAGAAAAAGAAGAAAAUAACACCACCCUGCCCCCUUUGCAUGGUUCUGUGCAAAACUGACAGUGGAACAUGAUGUUACUUGGAUGGCUUGCUGAAUUUAGAUGAUUUUUUUUUUUCUCUAAUUAUGUCCACUCUUCAAUUUGUUUGUCGCCUUUCUUUAUCGGUUCUCUUUUCACGGACAUUUCCUUUUUUUUUUUUUUUUCUUUUCUUUUUUUUCUUUUUUUUUUAUAGCCCCUAGAAGAGUUGCAGUAAAUGUGAUUCUGUAAUGCAUUCCCUGUUUAAAAAAAAAUAUGACGGUGAAGGAAAACCACGACUAAGAAAACCGUUCUAAAAGGACGCAAAUAAAAGUGCUGAAGAAACUUUGAUGGGUGCGGAACAAUUAAUUGGUUUCUCUCCUCUUUGGUUCGGUAUUUUAAAAUGUAAACAUUUGCUGUUUUUUCAUAGGAAGAUGAAUACCAACACUGCAAAAACAUGCAAUAUGCAUGAUGUAAG